UCCACGAAUUGUAGAUCUAGUUUUUGCACUAGGCAGUGAUAUAGGUUGCUUGUUGUGGAUCAGCUCACCUGUCCUGCGAUAUUUGUUGGCUGAUCCCAUAAACCGGUACUUGGAGGUCGAAUACUCGGGCAGAUUUCUGGCUACGUCACUGGACUAGAGAAACUGUUGGUAACCUUGCCAUGAGCACUACCCCGUUACCUGGUCCUUGCUGCCAAAUCACGCAUGCUCGACUUAAAAUUUUCACUACCUUCCCGUUAAUGUUGGCUGCAGCCUACUUUACAGCUGUUUCUCGGUCGGUCGGGCAAGAGCUACUAGGGACGUGGUGUGGACCAGCAGAACUCGGACAGUCCACGAAGUAGACCGUGCUAUAUCUCCAGACGUCUCCAUUUUGGGAGGUCCGAUAGAACCCGUUCUUCGGGAUCUGUAUAAGAUUCUGUGGAUAGCCAACCUCAGCUAAAACUAAAGCUUUUGUUGAAUCAACGAGCUAUGGAUACUCGUCUAGAACACUUGGUAUUUCUGUUGACUUUCCUUUUGCUGGGUGUCACGAUAACCCAAGGUAAACGGAAACCGUCAUUCGACUGUCCGGAGGAAUUCGGCUCUUUCCCCGACAAAGAAGACUGCACUAAGUACUAUGUCUGUGUCUUUGGAGAAGUCAAUCCCGAGAGAUGCUCUGGUGGUCUGAUGUUCAACACAGAACUCGAAACAUGUGACUGGCAACGUAACAUAGAGGUAGAUUGUCGUGGUAACAGAGUGGGCACUGAUCAAGACGGCGAAAAUGGAGAGGAAUUUUUUAGCCGAAGGCAGCCAGAUAGCCUUAGGCUUCAAAGCCAACCACGUACACAGGCUGCAACUUCCACGCCAGACAUUACUCCCCCGAAAAUUAAUUUCCCGCCUCGUACAAACACAAGACUUAGACAACCGAUCUUAUCUAACGAAAGGCUCCACACACCUAAGGCUGAUACUAGAUCAAGGUUCAGUAUACCUCAACCAGAUACUGACUCCAGGCUUAACAGAGUGUCUUCAGCUCCUGUUUCAAGAUCUAGCAGACCUGAAACAGCCACUGACAACAAGUCAAACAGAUCGCCACCAGAUUUUUACCCUAGAUUCAAUAGACCAGCCCAAACUGGUGAAUCCAGGUUAAACAGACCAGCUCCAGCUGAAAAUCUCAGAUUUAGUAGGCCAGUUCCAGCUGUUGAAUCCAGGUUCAACAAACCAACUUCAGAUGACUCUAGAUUCAACCAAGCAGCUCCAGCCACUGACUAUAGAUCCAAUAGACCUAUUGCUGGUGACGGCAUCAAGUUUGAUAGGCCAGCUAUAGAAACUGAUUCCAGGCAAAGUAGAACAUCUUCAGUCACCGAAUCUAGGUUCCAAAUUCCAUCUUCAGCUAAUUACGCCAAGCUCAAUAGACCCAGACCAGAUACUGGCUCCAUGUAUAAGGCACCAGCUCCAGCUCCAACCAGGGACUCUAGGUAUAACAGACCUGCUCUUGAAAAUUCGGACUCCGAUGUUUACGACUACGAUGUUGAUGAACCAGAAUAUGAAGACGAGUACAAUUAUUUUGUGAAACCAGUAAACUUUAAAGAUAAAAAGUCCAACGACGAUCAAGAGAACGCCAGAAAUGAUCGUCAGUGGGGAUCUGAUAUGUUGGUGCCAAAUACACAAGAUAACAGUGACGCUGAAGCUCCUCCUAUUUUCGCGUUUAGAAAACCUAACCAAUAUAGCCUCCCUUUCCGUCCUCCCGCUUUGAGAGCUCCUAGUGAUAACGAAAGAAGUAGGGAGAUUGGUCCCCCCUACAGCCGGGACAAUGGUGAGGAGCGAGUAAUCACUUUAGUUAGAACUAGGACAAGAGACCAAAAUCCACACCCGACAAGCAAUCGAAACCGUAAGGUAGUUCUCAUUCGAAGGAAUAAACAGCAGUCUAGCAAUGAGGAAGUGAAACGUCCAACAAAGGUUGCUGUUAUCUAUAACAACCGAGACGAGCUUGACGUUCCCAGCCAAGGUCUAGACCCUCUGGAUGCACAGUUUGGAACUAACCCUAGAUAUGUAACAAGGCCAGAGGUUUAUCCCCAGCAAUCUUUAAGGCGUCCAUCAGACAACAAAUUUUCCUCUAAUAGGCGCUAUCGCCCAUAUAGUGAGAAAGACGACUCUCUUCCGGAUACCACCAAGUCACGAUACUCUUCAGCCAUAAGUUCUGCCAAGCCAUACAAUAUUUAUGACCAACCAUACAAUUACGACUACGACUAUGAAGAGGAAUACGAGGUUACAACAUCAAAACCAUUGAUUAGAUCCAGGUUUCAGUCUCCUCGAAAAUAUCAAAGAAACAACCAAGUUGUUGCCGUUACAACAACAUCCUCUACAACCACCACCACCACUCAGCCACCAACUACCCGGCAAACAAAUUUUCCUCAAAGACGCCUACCCGUCGGAUUCGUCAGACCGGCAACCAAAUCUCCAGAUGACGUGGUAACUACCCCAGCUAGUUUUCCUGCACGACCUCCUUCCGUGCACCCCACGCCACAACCUUAUCUCCCCGCUGAAGCAUGCAAAUCUAAUAAAUGUCUACUGCCAGACUGUCGAUGCGGAGGAUCCGAGGUUCCUGAAGGGCUCUCUCCAAAAGAUAUUCCUCAGAUCGUCUUGUUAACCUUUGACGAUGGUAUCAAUGACCUUAAUUCUGAUAUUUACAAAGAAAUCUUUACAGGAAGAACAAAUCCUAACGGGUGUCCAAUUUUAGGAACUUUCUACGUGUCUCACGAAUGGACCGACUAUGGUAGAGUACAGACGCUUUACUCUCAAGGUCAUGAGAUGGCAUCACAUACAAUAAGCCAUAGUUUUGGAGAGAAGUUCUCUAAGUCUAAAUGGCUGAAAGAAGUUGCAGGCCAACGAGAAAUUCUCCAUUUAUAUGGAGGAGUCAAACUGGAGGACGUCCGAGGGAUGAGAGCCCCUUUCUUGCAAAGUGGUGGAAACAACAUGUUCCAGAUGCUUCACGAGGCCAACUUCACUUACGAUUCUUCCUUGCCAGUAUAUCAACACAACCCUCCAUUCUGGCCCUACACCUUUGACUACUCCAUUAACCACGAGUGUGCUAUUCCACCAUGUCCAACAAAGUCCUUCCCGGGGUUGUGGGAAGUAGGGAUGGUAAUGUGGGACGAUCUGAGAGGUGGCCGCUGUUCCAUGGUUGACGCCUGUGCUAGCCCACCAGAUGAAGAGGGAGUUAUUGAGUUCCUUUCUAAGAACUUCUAUCGCCACUACGAUUCCAACCGGGCUCCAUUUGGUCUAUUCUACCAUUCAGCCUGGUUCAAUGCACCUCAUCGCAGAAAAGGAUUUAUUAAAUUUUUGAAUGAGAUCAACAGUAAGGACGACGUUUGGAUUAUUACCAACUGGCAGAUGUUACAGUGGAUGAGAGACCCAACCCCUAUUUCAAAGAUUGCACAGUUCGAGCCGUGGAAGUGUAACAGAAAGGACCUACCCCCACCGUGUCACCGGCCCAAGUCGUGUGAAGUAUCUCACAAAGGUUCAACUCGCUACAUGAACACUUGUCAGAGAUGUCCAGCUGUUUAUCCCUGGGUCGGCAAAACUGGAUUUUAGAAACCGAGCUGAACAUCAGCAUGCAACAGCCAUACAACAAUUCCUCAUGGUGGUAUAAUACUACCUGUAUGGAAAAUCUUUUUACUUGAGUAUCCCUAUAUUUUCUACAAACAUUACACGACAUUUCUAUCUUUAUGUAAUGUUUUUUGUUUUUUUUAAUACCUUAUAUUUGGUUUAUUAUAAUAUUGCAACUAUUACAGGAAUUAAUGGUGGAACAUUUUUUACAGCUUGGUUAUAACUGUUUUAUACUAGUUUCUAGAAACUGCCAGUACUCAUUUUAAGCCUAGUUAUAUCAAACACAGUUCAACAUUGGUGAUAGUAGAAAGUUUCAGCCAAAAUAAAAUCUUGUUAGUUGCUUUAUCUAAUAAAACAUUAUAGAGACGUAGUACCGCCUGAGCGUAUUUUUUACAUUAAUACAGCGACAUUUAAUAAGCACGGCUACGAUUUAUAUCCUUUUGAUUUUUUAUACGUACCAUAAACACUUUAUAGGUCUGUAGUUUAUACAACUGGUAAAGCAUUAUUUUUGUUACAAUAGAAAAAAUCACCAAUGUGGCUAUAACUGAAAAUUGUGGACCUUAUUUAGUGCUCAAAGUGACGGGGUAUACGGAAAUAUGGCAUACCCCCACUUCUUAAAAAACAAACUAUCCGUUCCACCACCGUUUCUUUUUUAUAAAGUGCGUCCCGAGACGCCCACCCAUUGAGAUCUACCAAACGCCUUGCUCCUACUUAUUUUUACUACUUUGAGCACUGACCCUAUUACAGUAUAUAUUAUAAGAUAUGGUUACAUCUACUAAUGCUUGAAUUUAUUCCAUUGAAAAUUGACAUUUCAGUAGUGUACGCAGGUGAUAAUUUUAUUUCAACUGGAUUUUAGAAACAGGGGGUGGGAGGGUAAGUAUAAUUUUAUUUGUAAAUAUUGCCUGCAAAUGUCUACACUUUCUCAACGACUGUAGUAUUAACCUUGCCCAGAAGAACAUUUUUCUUUCAGUCUAUAACUUCACAAAAGGAACAUCGAAAUCAAAACUUAAACCCAAUCUCGCGAAACUUACUACACGUGUGUAAAGAAAAUGUUUUAUUUUCGUGACGUGACACGUAUAAGAAUAUACAGGAUGAGUAAACCUCAGUGAGGCAUACUCAACCGACUUUUAUUUAUUAUUUGACAUGAUGCUAAACUAAACGGAUAUUCAGGGCUGGAAGUACACGAAAGAUGUUUUCAUUAAAAUUAAUCGUGACUGUUGUCGGUUGUCUCUGUUUGUAUGACAACAUUUAGAAGUUUUAGUGAUGGAAACGUUGUGAUGACGUCAGAUCUGUGAAAUUUUAAUAAACAAAGUCGAGAAAAAUAGAGAAAUUUAAGUUUCAUAUAUAUUUAAUUACAGUUAAUGUUUCGAGCAACAAUGAUUAGUUAAAAUCUAUGUAGAUAUUUGUUCUGUUUAUAGUCGUUUUCUUCAUAGUAACUGAAUUUAUAUUAUUUUCAGUUGUUGUUUUGUACUUUUUGACUUGUUUUAGUAUCUCGUUCAUUACGAAGGUGAAGCUAUAUUAGUUAAACACAAGCUAUUGUCAAAUAUUCUCGAUUUUGGUGGCAGACAAAGGAAACUUAGCACAAUAUUAGUAAUUCAUUUUACAUGUAACUUAGUUUUCGUGUAGACCCUUGCUUAAAGUGGAACACUUUUAAAAUAAUUCGACACUUACUCUAAAUAUCUCCGACUGUCUACCCAUAGCCCAAGUUUUAUGAAAUGCAUUUCCAAAAAUCAGUAAUUUGCAUUACCUGUUUUUAAUGUAAGUAAAACUUUCGGGUAAUUUCUAGGUAAUGUAUGAAUAAAAUAGCCAAGAAAGCAGAAUGUAUUUAUACUAAUUAUAAUUCGGAACGACAUAUAAAUAAAUGCGUUCUGAAGUUGAUCUAGCCUAGACCAGGGUAAAAGUUACCGCAUCUACCAAUACAUCUUUGAAACGCACUAUGGGCAGUGAGUUUGGUGGGGUUAUUUUUAUAUAAAAUUUGGUAUUAUUCUAGUGUUGUGAAUGCUUUAGUUAAUUUUCGUUCUGUUGAACUUGAGGCUGUUUCUUAUGAGGAGAUAUUUAAAAAGCAUUGUUCGGAACAUUUUUGUAAUUGAGGCUUUUUGUCUCGAAUUAAAUAUCUUAAAUUGUGUAAGAUCAUAACGGAUAUAUAUGAGGUGAAGGGCCCAUACGAAAUAUCUAUUCUGCUGUACAGAUACUGUAUAAGUUGUGUUCGUAUAAUAAAGUAUCCUAUAUA